CAAAUUAGAUUUGGCUUUGGAAAGAAAUUUUCAUGGGACGAAGGAGUCUGGAUUCAGGUUAUGUUCUUUGAAAACAAUAUAAGGUCGAGGGCACAUCAAAGAAACUGGCAACUGCAAACCGCGUUGCCGAUUCCACUAUUCGCGCUGUUCCAUUCAUUAACAUGUGUUCAACUUAACAUGAUGUGAGCAACUAAUCAGACGUAAGCUGCUUCACUGUGCGCCUGCUAAAAAGCAUUGUAUGACCAACUGUAACUAAACAUUCUUUGACAGUUGUACAGAUUCGUAAACUCGAAUGCGCUAAAGUUGAUCUGGAGCGAUUUGGAAAUUUGUGCGGAAUAGGUUACGUGUGAUAUUCGUGUGUGAUGGUUACGUGUAGGCCGGCGUAUGGCUAAUUGUAACUUACAGUAGUGUUUGGAGAUUACAAGAAAGAUAAGAAGUGUGUAAAAGACGUGAAGAAUGACUCAGACACCAGACGAAAUAGCAAAACAGAUGGACGGGAACCAGGUAAAAAGCAACUGCAAGCCUCUUGAAGAACUGACAGUCUCUGCUCUGAGGAAUGGUGUAAUGAAGGAGAUUCCUGCCCUGCAUCAAGACUGGAGAGAAGAGCGGCAGUACUUGUACUACAAGCCACCCCCCACUGUUGAGCCCAAUGGUUCAUUUCCAAUUGGUGCUAAAGAAGCCUGGCUGGAGAGGAUGGAUUUCCUGAACACGGAUCUUAGAUGGUUGCUUGAGCUGAAACAGUUCAGAUUUUGGUCACAAAUAAUAUACAGUGAACAGACAUUGGAUGUAAUAUUGUCAUUCUUGCAAGAUGCACCUCCAUAUUAUGUAAUAGAAGAGUUCCCUCAGGAUGAUGAGAUGUGGAAUAGUUUCCAGAACACCCAUUACUUAGUGUUCCUUUUGUUAACUCGUCUUGCCACAUACAAAGAAUCUGAAACAGAGUUUAUCUCACCAGAGUAUUUUGGCAAUCUGAUAUAUGAUAAUUAUGUGUUCACCAUCCCAAUGAUUCUGGACAUCUGCAUGUUGUAUGGCAGAGAGAACAGGACACAGGUUCUGCAGAUAAUUGAUACUGUCUUUCAAGUUCAGCCAAAAUACCAAGAAGACCUGGAGAAGUCUGUCCAUUUCAUCUGCAAGGUUUUCAGGUAUAUAGAGCAGAAGUUUGGAGGGCAGAAACUACCAGAAGGGGAAGUGGUGAAGCUCUUGGAAAGUUCAAACAGGCAAGAGGAGAUGAUGCUGUUUGAAUUGAAGGACAUGGUUCUAUAUGUGCUGGACACUGCAGCAAAUAUAAGUUUAUUUCUAGAUAUAUGUAACCCUGCAUGCAAGGUGUUCCAUCAGCAGAAGUUUGAAUUGAAGAUAGCACAUUUCUAUGAAAACACAGUGCCACAGAUCUACAGGAAGCUAGAGAUGCUGGCAAACAAGGAUGACAUGCAGCCCAUGUAUGUGCAUCUGAAGCAUAAGUUGGAUGUGACGAGAGUGGAGUUGCUGAAAGUCUUCCACAGCUGCCUGGUCACAUGUCUAAAUUCCCUUCUGGAGCAAACUGAUACCACAACAGAGGCUGAAGUCAAGAGGUAUGUUGAUGACUAUGUGGGAGUUCUGACUGAGUGUCUCACUGAGAAAAUGUUCAUUCGUGACUACCACUCAUUAUAUCCUAUUGAUGAGGACCUCGAUGCCAUGUCACAAGUCUGCCCUGAGAUGUGCUUCCUGAAAUGUGAUUUUUUGUUGGAGGCUGUUCUGUCAUGCUUUGAUCUACCAAGUCAGAGCGAAAUGAAGAGGUUGAUGAAGGCAGGGGACAGAAGACAAGAACCAUUGUCUGAUUCACAAAAGAAUGGAGAGGCAACUGCAAGCAAGGAGUCAUCAUGUCCUGCAACACUAAAGAAGCAUGUAACAGGAGUUGAGCUGGAGUCUCUUAUUAGUGAAAUCAAAGAUGUCCUGCCUCAUUUGGGAAAUGGCUUUGUGGAGAAGUGUUUGGAGAAUUUCGACUUUGUGAGUGAGUCUGUGAUAAAUGCCAUAUUAGAAGACACAUUGCCAGCAGAUUUAAGAGACUUGGAUUGGACAUUACCACGGAUACCUCCAGAUGUAGUGGUAGCAGAUGAGACAGCUAAUGCUUCCCAGCGACUCAAUAUAUUUGAUAAUGAUGAGUUUGACAUCAUGACCCAAGAUCAAGUGGAUACAUCUAGAAUUCACAAAGGAAAGAGGAAAGGAAAACAUAAGAACUUGAUUGAGUUAAUAGAUGAUAAAUCUCAUCGAGCAGAGUUCCGUGACAUGUACGCCAAAUUUGGCGUAAUUGACACUGAAGGGAGCAUGUAUGAUGAUGAAUAUGAUGACACGUAUGAUCACUUGGAUGUAUCGGUUGGAGACGAAGGUGAUCUGGAGAGGAGACCAUUUGUCGUGCCACGUGUGCUGUGUAGCAAAGAUGAGGAGGACUCCAGUGAAGGAGAGAGUGAGGGAGAGGAACAGGGAGAGAGAGAGGAGAAAGCAGGGCCACCACGGGAUGAGUUCGUACCAAAUCCAGAGGAGCAGAGAGCUAAAGCUGAGCAACGCCGACAGCAGAAGAUGCAAUCUCGUGGCAGGGUCUGGAGAGGUUCUGGUCCUAAGGAUAGAGAUGUUGCUGGAGGCCCCAAAGGUCAGGGGCAACAGAAGGAAGUUCUUAUUAACAGAGAGCACAAAAAUGUGCAUAAGGCCAGUCAUGGAAAUCAUAACAGACGAGUGUUAUCACAAAGAAAGAGGCAGCAGAGGAUGUAAUGGCCUGCUGAUUCUUAUGCUAAUUCCUGUUUCAUAAUCUUAUGUUGUAUUUCCAUAAUACAGCUCUAAAUGGAGCAGCUGUGAAGAUGAGGGAGUUGGAUGUGUAAUGUUUCUACACUAAGGAUUUCUUGUGAUGUAUAUACACUUAUCUUGCCAUAUGAAAAAUAAGAACAUUAGUAUACAAUAUUUAUUUCUUCA